AUGGGACAGGAGCAAAGCUUACGUGUAGACUGGAGCAAUGAAUUCCGCUGGGGGCGGAAUACAGUGACCCUUGAAUUGAACAACUUGACAGUUUCUGCGAUGCUUGCUGAGAAGACCAUUACGCUGGAACAUUGUCGGGUCACUUUGUCGACGGAUGUGAGUGUGGACUGCUCCGGAACCUAUUCGGCAUCGCAGACGAUCACGAUCUCAAAGACGCUGGAUGAGAAAGAUGUCGACCCGCGUUUCACCACAGAGACGAAGCUCACAUGCAGCACACGAUCCCGUCAGCAUGAGGUGUUCAGGGGGCACUGCUCCGGCAAGAAGAUCGUUGUCUACGCCUGGGUGGAGGUCGAGGCAGCCCUGAAGUUCAAGCGGGAAGGCUUCUGGAAGAGGCAGUGGGUGGCUUCUGCUGAGGUCGAGGUCGCCUUGAAGGCCCAGACCGAGGUCUCCGAUGCGAAUUCCGAGGAAGGUGAGCCGGCUUUGGAGGCCCUCCCAUCUUUGCUGACAGCCGGUGCUGCCGCCCUGGCCCUGGCAGCCCGGAAGAUCUGA